AACAGGGGGCGUGUCAAAACAGAGGACAGUAUUAUCUGCUGUGCUCAAGCAAAUGCAGACGUUUGGUUUCCACUGCACUGAGCUAGCUAGCUAAGAAGAAUGGAUGCAUAUGUUCGCAUCCGUAAAAUUGGUGAGGGAGCAUUUGGAAAAGCUCUGCUUGUCAAACGGAAGGCGGACGGAAAGCAAUGUGUUAUCAAAGAGGUCAACAUUUCAAAGAUGGGUCGCAAAGAACGAGAGGACUCCAGAAAAGAGGUCAAAGUGCUCUCUCAGAUGAAGCACCCGAAUAUAGUGGGGUACCAGGAGUCGUUUGAGGACGGUGGUUCUCUGUACAUAGCCAUGGACUAUUGCGAUGCAGGGGACCUCUACAAGAAGAUCAGUGACCAGCGAGGCAAGCUCUUCAGUGAGGACCAAGUGCUCAACUGGUUCGUGCAGAUAUGCCUGGGGCUAAAGCAUGUCCAUGAUAGGAAGAUACUGCACAGGGACAUCAAGUCGCAGAAUAUCUUUCUGACGAAAUCUGGAGUGGUGAAACUUGGCGAUUUUGGUAUAGCCAAGGUCCUCAACAGCACUGUGGAGCUUGCCAGAACAUGCAUUGGAACUCCCUACUACCUCUCCCCGGAGAUCUGCGAGAAUAGACCGUACAACAACAAGAGCGAUGUGUGGGCUCUGGGCUGUGUCUUGUACGAGCUAGUCACUCUCAAACAUGCUUUUGAGGCAGGGAACAUGAAGAACCUUGUGUUGAAGAUUGUCAGGGGGUCCUAUCCUCCUGUCUCCACCAGAUACAGCCGAGAGCUGCGCUCACUCAUCGACUCUUGCCUCAAGCUCCAGCCCAGACAGAGGCCAUCAGUCAAUGGACUACUCAGACUCCCCAUCAUUCAGAAGAGAAUAGAUGGGUUGCUCACUGAAACUAUCCAAGCAGAAGAGUUCAGCCACACUAUCCUUCAUCGUCAUCGGAAACCAUCUAAUCCUGCCGUCGCUAAUCCUAGACCACGCCCACUCGGAGUGGUGGGAAAAGCCGUUCCUCCAAAGAUUGAUCCACCCCCUCCUGGCCCAGUGAGGAAGUACCAGCCUGGAGCCAUCUACGGAGGGGGAAAAGGCUCGGCAGACAAGAGGAAAAAUGUGAUUGUUCGGGCAAGACCACGCCCCUCACAACCACAAGCUCGGAAACCAAUUUCGGCUGCUCUGGCUGCUCGCAAGAAAGAGGCUAACGAAAGAGAGAGAGUUCAGAAAGAGGAGAUAAGGAAGCAGCAUGCCAUUGAGGCCAGGCUUCAGCAUCAAAACUUUGCACGGAAGCAAAAUGCUGCUCGACUCCAGCAGGCAAAGAAAGUAGCAGCUCAAGGCUGGAGAGCCACAUUGUCCGGGGGCAAAGACCAGUUUUCUAAUGAGCAGGAGCCUCCCCAACUCGAGAGUGAAGAAGAAGUAAAGGAUGAAAGGGAGAAUAUUGAGCCCCUAUCGAAACACAAUGUACAAGAUACUGCACAGAAUGACAGAUAUGAGGCUAUAAAGGCUGCUGAAAAGGCUAGAGUGAUUGCCGAGUACCAGCAGCGUCAGAGAGAGGCAGCUGCUAACAAGGCGAGGGGUCAUGCUCAAUGGAGGGCACCACCAGUGCAGUUACCCCCUCACACUCCCGCAGCAGCAGCAGGCAAUGUUGGUGCAGGGGGAGGGAGGGAGAAGAGCAAAGCUGAGGAGAACUACCUGAAGAAGCUCCAGGCCAUCCGUCAGCAAAACUACAUGGAGAGGAAGCGGAUACAGCAUAGGAUGCAGCUCUAUAAGCCAGACCCCCCACGACAGCCUGAGGGGGAGACGAGGGUGGUGACUGGCCCCCCACAGCUGAACCUCGACGAGAGGAGGAGGAAAAUUGCAGCAUUGAAGGCCCAAGCUGAUGAGCAGGCUGAGGCUAUGAGGAAAAAGUUGGAGGAAAGACAUCGGCAAAGGGUGGCCCCUGUCCUUACUCGACCUCCUCCAGCAAAUGAGGUGGCGCCUCAAGGGAAGUGGGCGGAGCCAAGGAAACAGUGGGGAGAGCCUCCUAAGGAGCCGGUUAUUGCUCAGCAAUGUGAUUCUACUGGAGGGGUCAUUGAAGAAACGACUAAUGUUGUGUUCAAGGAUGGACCAGUUGAUGGUGCCAGAAAGCAAUGGGCUAACAAGGAGGGGCAGCCUCUCAUUGCUAUGCUACAGGAGAAGACAUUACAGACUGCCACCUAUGCAGUCAACAAGGACGAAUUGAGUGGACAGACAAGAAUGGAGGUGAUACAACUCAGUGCUGAGCCACCAACUGAACCGAGCACUAAUAGAGGAGAUACCACCACUCUGAGCAACGAUGAAGCUGUUACACGUACGUCAGAACCAACUGAAACUAAGGACUCACCCCAAGGAGACAAGAUCGAGAAUAUGAAAAAAGAUGAUACAAGUAUUGAAGGAAACGAGGGAUCACCAGUUGUCGGUGUGCAGAUGUCUAAGUCGUGGGUGGUUGUUUCUAACGAGCCGAGUGGGGAGGAGCCUCCUGUGAAACAAGCCUGGGGGGAGGGGCAAGCGGGUGAGGAAGCAAUGACUCCUACACCAGAUACAAUCCAGCCUCCUAAAGAGAGUGAUGUCAGCUCGAUUCAGGUGCAGGAUAUAGAGGAGGAAGUGUCUAGCUCCAUUGCUGUCACCGAGGUCCCUCCCCCAAUACAAGAGGUGUUCUCAACUCCCACAGCACCAUCACCGAAGCCUCUUAACAAGACAGAGGAACCACUCAGAAAAGAAGUCCUGCCAGCAGUUAAACACACGCCUCCAUCCAUCUUCUCUGCAUCUCUACGUGCUGGCUUAUUUGACACAAACGUCAGCUUGUUGCAUACUUGCUCCCUUCCUGAUUUGAGGAUCCUCUUUGCCACGUAUCCUGACAAGCCAGAGGAUGGUGCUUUCUCUGAGGAUAGUGAAAAUGAUGAGGGCUCUGACCUGGAGGAAGUUGCUGAGGAGGGGGAUUCCCCCGAGGAAGGGGAAAGCUCCUCUGAUGAAGGGGCAAGUCCCUCUGAAAGGGGAAACCCUUCUGAUGAUGAAGGGUCUGGAGAUGACGGUUCAGAAGACGAAGAAGAUGAUGAUUUGCAACAAUUGGUCAAGACACUGCAAUCAUUUGUGGAGGAUGCAAGUGCAAAAUCUCCUAUGCAUUCUGCCCCAUCUCGAGAGGAAGUUGAAGUAGUGCCUGUGUUCCCUAUAUCUGAGAACUGGGAGGACUCAGAUGAUGAAGGCACACCUGCCGAUGACCCCAAUAACCCCCAGUCCACGGAGGGUGGAUCUGUAUUCAGCCGACUAGAGGAGACUAGAACUCUGCUAGAGGGAAAGUUUGGUUUAGACACACUGGUCGAGGCCUAUCAGCUUGUACAGACAUUCUAUGAAGAUGAGUCCAGUUCGACGGAGGGCUCUGGCAGUGAGAAGAUGUUCCCCUCUGAGCACAUUGUGGCUGUGAUAGGAGAGCAGAACACUCAGUACUACCCCACACUCAUACAUCUAGUGAUGGCUGACAAUGCAUACUCUAAAGAUAAUGAAACACUGGCUAGCUCUGAAGACGCAGUUGAUGGAGAUCAGGAUCUGCUGGUGUAGCUGUUAUUGAUCUUAUGGCAACCCGCUCACUUGAACUGACAAUUGUUUCACAAACACACAAUAGCUAAUAAUUAUAAGAACAAGAAUUAUAAGAACAAAAAUGUAAUAAUUAAUACUUAUAGUAUCACACAUUAUGUCACAUCAUUAUAGAUCCAAACACUAUUGUAAGAAAGUAUGUUCAAAAAACAAA